CACCGGACGCGACUUUCAUUUACGAUAGAGGCGGGUUAGAAGAACCUUCUAGAAGAGUUGCUGUGAACGGAGGUUGUGAGGCGACAUCAUUGUCUUCAUAUAAGUUUCUCAAGGCAAACAUGGUCAAAGAAACAGGUUUUUACGACACUUUGGGUGUGCCACCCAGCGCAACUCCAGAUGAGCUGAAAAAGGCCUAUCGCAAACUGGCUUUGAAAUAUCACCCUGAUAAAAAUCCCACAGAAGGAGAGAAGUUCAAGCAGAUCUCACAGGCCUAUGAGAUUUUGUCAGAUCCGAAGAAGAGAGAGAUUUAUGACCGGGGAGGUGAAAAGGCUAUAAAAGAAGGAGGAACUGGCGGUGGAGGUGGUGGGGGCUUUGCAUCACCCAUGGAUAUCUUUGACUUGUUUUUUGGUGGAGGCAGCCGGAUGCAUAGAGAGCGAAAAGGGAAGAAUAUUGUUCAUCAGAUUACAGUGACGCUAGAAGAGCUUUAUAAUGGAGCAACAAGAAAACUUGCUGUCCCAAAGAAUACCAUUUGUGACAGAUGUGAAGGUCGUGGAGGUCGUAAAGGAGCGGUACAGGUGUGCAUGUCUUGUCAUGGCACAGGGAUGCAAGUCCGCGUACACCAGUUACUUCCAGGUAUGGUACAGCAGAUGUCCACAGUGUGCCACAGCUGCCAAGGACAAGGAAAAAGAAUCAGCCAAAAGGACCGCUGCAAAGCAUGCGGAGGCCGGAAGAUCCUACGACAGAAGAAGAUCUUGGAGGUCCACAUUGACAAAGGAAUGAGAGAUGGCCAGAAAAUUGUUUUACAUGGAGAGGGAGACCAGGAGCCGGGACUCGAGCCAGGCGACAUCAUCAUUGUUUUAGAUCAGCGAGACCAUGCACAAUUCACCAGGAAAGGAGAGGACCUCAUCAUGUCCAUGGAGUUGCAGCUGGUUGAGGCUUUAUGUGGUUUCAAGAACCCCAUUCAGACACUGGACAACAGAACUCUCCUCAUCACAUCACAUCCAGGGGAGUUGAUCAGGCCUGGCGACACUAAGUGUGUCCUGAAUGAAGGGAUGCCCACGUAUCGCAGGCCGUUUGAGAAGGGGCGUCUCAUUAUUCACUUCUCGGUGGUGUUCCCAAAAGCUAAUUUCCUCCCCGAACAUAAGCUGAAGGAGCUGGAGCGCUAUCUCCCAGAAAAGAUGGAUGCAGAGCAGCCAGACAGUAUGGACGAUGACCUCUACAUCUAUGCUGACCUGGAGGACUGUGACUUUGAGAACAGGAGAAGAUACAGAAAUGAGUGCUACUACAUGGACGAAGACGACUACGCCACCACUGGUGGUGUUCAGUGCCAGACGUCUUAAGCAACAGCUGGCCUUUGUCUAUUCCAGAAGCUUAGAUCCUCAUCUCCAAUGCAAAGCACCUUUUUUUUUUUUUGGUUACCUGUGCACUUUUAACUUUAUUUUCCUUAAAAAUCAAUUCGUCUCUUUAGUUUGUUUGAAGUUGGUUCAUAAAACUGUUUCCCAAUGCCCUGUGAAUGUUAAAAUUGCAGGAUUUGAACUUAGAUGCAGUUCAGUGGAAUUCCUUUUCAUCUAGGACCCCCUUUUUUUUUUUUUUUCUUCUUUUUUUUUCUUUUUCCUUCUUCUUCUGUCAUUCACACUGUGAUUAAAGAUGAGGGCUGGUAUAACAGGCUUCAGGGAAAAGCAUGACGGCCUGCUUUUUGUGCAGUUACACUAAAACUGAUGACAAUAAUAGGUAAAUAACCUAUAUAUAUAGAGAGAGAGAGAAAUCUAAAUCAGGCGUUGAAAACCACUUUUUGUAGUCUCAUCCAUUUUUGGUGUCUGUAGCUCUUUCAGACAUGAAACUUGUAACGGCGCUGAAUCUGUCAGUCUCUUAAAGUAACAGCAUUCUGUCUUUCAGUCAGUGUUCCUCAUGCCUUCAUUCAGACAUCCCUGUGACUGUGACAGAGAUCCACGGUAUGUGCACAAUAUCAGCUUUAUUUGUAAAAGUCUUUGUAUUUACCGGGACGUGCAUUGUCAGUAUUGACUCUAGCAAAGUCUAAUGACAAUUGUCAUUAAGAGCAAGGACAUCAUCCCCAACCCUUUUCACAGAGGCUAGAAAACUUUAUCACAGAAGAAAUUUUUCUCUCUGAGCAGUUUAGAAACUGAGCUGGUGUUUUGCGUUCUAUAGUGAGCUGAUCGGCCCACAGAGCUACAACAGAGACGUGCACGCUUGUAAUAGUGUGGGUGUCUCUCUGUUGUGACUGCAUGCAGUCAGCCAAAUACACAUAUUUUCUGACCUAGUGCGUUUGCUGCUGUAACUUUAACUCUUUACCCUUUAAAGCCUACUAGGAGUAACCCUUGGAGUUCUUUUGUGAAGAGUGGUCACAUUUCUGGUUACAGUACAGAAUCACAGCGACACUUCAGAAAAACAGGAAACUAUUUUAAUGGUUGUAAAACCACAUCUUAAUUGAUAUACAGUGAGAUGUCAAAACUCGUUAAGGGAACAUGUGAGGUCAUCAGAUGUCGUCUUUAUGGGGGAAAGAGUUAAUGGAAAAGCGAUCAGAGUGCUGAUUUAUACAGCUCAGGCGUGUUUGUCUGAAAGGGGCCCACGAGGACCAGAUGGUGGUGGAGGUGCUUGGAAACUUGAUUUAAAACAUUAAAGCUGUUGUACCCUUUCAAGGGCUAUUUUUUCAGACUUUUUAUGAAAAAACAUGUGACAGGUUUGAAAUCAGUGUAGUCAUGAUUAAAACAGGGAAACGGGAAGUUCAAGCCACUUAAUUUCCAACUAAUGUUUGAGUUUAGCGUUUUGUUUAGUUUUUUCCUGAGCUGCAGUCAGUUGUCUGUGACGAUGCCGUGCACGUCUAGUAUAGUGUAAGUGUGAGAGUGUGCAAAGGUAUGUGCAAUCACCUUAUAUUUUGAAAGGCUAUUUAUGAUUCUUGUUAUACUCAUUUACAUUUCAUAAUUCUUUUUUUUUUUUUUAAAUUAGAAUAGGUUUACAUACUAAUAUUAAAAAAACUAAACACAACGUAUUCUUCCGUGCCCCGCUCCAUAUUGCCGCUAUGCCACAGUUCAUCCUCUUCCUGAAAUGCUCAUCCUGAAAGGUCCAGCCUGCUCUGAUUGGUCAGAAAAAGCUGUCUGUGGAUUAAGUCUCAAGUUUCUCAGGAGCUGGGAGUGCAUGAAGACUCCUACAUUCAAUCAUUGUGACAGUAACAGAACAUUUUGUGUGCUUUGCCUAUGGCUGAGACAUUUUAGAGACAUUUCUUUCUGUGGAAAGAAGAGAAUAACUUCCUUUUUGUCCUUCUCUUUCUUACCCAUGUGUGUUCCCUGACAUUUUUUCCCUAUCACUGGACCCGUUUUCAUUUUAUAAAACAAAGCAUAAGCAGGGCUAUUUUGAAUAGGUAUGAUUUUUCUUUGGAAACAAUGGCAUGGUUGUGGCAACAUUGUACUCGAAAAGGUUUCUAAUGUCUGCCUGUUUAGUUUUGUUGUGAGUUUAAAAUCAUUGGAAGACAAUGAGAUCAGACUCCAAAAUCUAGAGUUUAAAUGACAAAUGAAACCAGAUAUUAAUAUUUUUCCAUAUUCCUUGUGAACCUUGUAAAAGCCAAAAUGAGUAAUGGGAGUUUAUGGGUGGGCUUUUAAAAUAGAUAAACCUGCAAACUUUAUACCUCAUUAAAGUGUCUGCCUGUUUGAAAGCCUUUUCAUAACUUAACUUGAAGUUACUUGAUAAUGCAGUUUUAUUUUUCUUUCUUUUAUCUCAAUGGUGUUUGCCUUGGAUGUUGUAAAACGGUCAUGCUCACAGAAGCAAGGGUCUCCUUAAAUAAUGUAAGUAGUUCUUGAAUGCAGAUGUGAAUUUGAGCGCUCAUAAUGUAAGGGGAUUUCAAUGCAAAGAGUAAUUCAAGUAAAUGUUGCCAAGGUUUUAAAUUAACUUGAUGCAUGUUUGGACCAGUGGUCUACUUGUUUGUGUUCAUGUUUUCUAAAUAAAUGUGAUUUAAUGGUCUUUCUAAGUUUCUGUGUAACAGUGCUUGAUAUCUUUUAGAAAAUCUGUCUCUGCUGUUUUUCAUUAAACUGGAUUUUUAUACCCAGAUAUUAAAAUUCAGACACCCUGUUACAAUCUAAA